AUGGUAGACUACCUGAUCAGUGGCUGCACCAGCUACAUGCCCGAGAACGAGCUCACAGCGCAGCAGUUCUUUGCCAUCUCCAACAGCCUCACCUACAAUGAUUUCCUGAUCCUGCCAGGAUUCAUAGACUUCACAGCUGAUGAGGUGGAUUUGACUUCAGCUCUAACUCAGAAAAUCACUCUGAAGAUACCAUUGAUCUCAUCUUCUAUGGACACUGUAACUGAAGCUGAUCUGGCCAUUGCAAUGGCUUUGAUGGGUGGCACUGGUUUCCUCCACCAUAACUGUACUCCUGAAUUCCAGACCAAUGAGGUGCGCAAGGUCAAGAAAUUUGAACAGGGCUUUAUCACAGAUCCCAUUGUUUUGAGCCCCUCACACACAGUGGGAGACAUGCUAGAGGCCAAGAUGCGGCAUGGUUUCUUAGGCAUACCCAUAACCAAGAUAGGCACCAUGGGCAGCAAGCUGGUUGGCAUCAUUACUUCCCAUGACAUAGACUUCCUCACUGAGAAGGACCAUGUGACCUACCUCAGUGAGGUGAUGACAAGUCGGAAUGACUUGGUGGUGGCAACAGUGGGUGUGACACUGAAGGAAGCCAAUGAGAUCCUGCAGCGCAGCAAGAAAGGAAAGCUGCCUAUUGUAAAUGACAGUGAUGAAUUAGUAGCCAUCAUCACCCAGACUGACCUGAAGAAAAACUGGGAUUAUCCCCUGGCCUCCAAAGAUGCCCCCAAGCAGUUGCUCUGUGCAGCCGCUGUGGGCACCCGCAAGGAUGACAAAUACCAACUGGACUUGCUCAUGUAGGCGGGUGCUGAUGUCAUUGUGCUGGACUCAUCUCAAGGGAAUUCAGUGUAUCAGAUUGCUAUGGUGCACGACAUCAAGCAUAAGUAUCCCCAACCAGGUGGGAAUGUGGUGAUGGCAGCACAGGCCAAGAACUUGAUUGAUGCAGGUGUGGUUGGGCUUCGAGUGGGCAUGGGCUGUGGCUCCAUCUGUAUCACCCAGGAAGUGAUGGCACAUGGCCAUCCCCAGGGCAACGCUGUGUACAAAGUGGCUAAAUAUGCCCGUCACUUUGGAGUCCCUGUCAUUGACGACAGUGGGAUCCAGACAGUCAGGCAUGUGGUCAAGGCCCUGGCCCUCGGAGCCUCUACAGUAAUGAUGGACUCCCUGCUGGGCGCCGCCACAGAAACCCCAGGGGAGUACUUCUUCUCCGAUGGCAUGCGGCUCAAGAAGUACAGGGGCAUGGGCUCUCUGAAUGCCAUGGAGAAGAGUAGCAGCAGCCAGGAGAGAUACUUCAGUGAGGGGGACAAGGUGAAGGUUGCACAGGGUGUCUCGGGCUCCAUUCAAGACAAAGGCUCCAUCCAGAAGUUUGUACCCUACCUCAUCGCUGGCAUGCAGCACGGCUGCCAGGAUAUCGGUGCCCAGAGUCUCUCUGUCCUGCUUCAUGAGAAGCGGACGAUGUCAGCCCAGAUCGAAGGUGGCAUCCAUGGCCUCCAUUCUUACGAGAAGCCACUGUACUGGAGGAAGGGGUGGAGGAGUCCCCCGUGGGGCCCCCUCAGGCACCACCUCCCUCCAUAA